UGCACCCACUGUCAGAACUUUGAGUGUCAAAGAAAAUUCGACUUCCUGAAGAGAAAGCAUCAUUGUCGAAGAUGUGGAAAAUGCUUUUGUGAUACAUGCUGCAGCCAACAGAUUGCCUUGCCUCGUAUGUGCUUCAUUGACCCUGUUCGACAUUGUGGUGAUUGUUAUGACAUAACCAAGAAGGAAAAUGAGUUUUUUGACAAGCACAUCAGGACAUUGCAAUCUGGUGGUCACUUCCGUCUGCACAACAGCGAUUCGAAUAUUAUGCCUAUAGGAGCCUUUAAGUGUCAACUUUCAAAUGAUGAAAGGUUUCUUGAGUUUGUCAAUGUCACUGGACAGGAAAACAUUGCUCUUGAAAAAAUAGAAUCUGUACAGAUUGCUGCAGCUGAAAUUGACCUCCAAGGAAAUCAUGUUGGUACAGGCAUUGCUAUUCGCUAUGCCAACAGCGUUGACAACACAGUACUCCUGAAAAUGGAAGUUGAGGAGAACUCAGAUCGGAAGCAAAGUAUGAGCUGGGUAGCAGCAAUGCAAAAGGCUUUCAAGCUGAUCUAUGAAUCAAGGACUUCAAACAGUGCAUAAUUGAGCCCAGAACUUGUCAUAAAUCUCUUGUUCUCCCAUGUCGUGCCUUCAGAGUUUGUACAUACAGCAUAUUUUCCACCGACCCCUCAAAGGAUUUUUAUGGCAGAUGGCAGCGAUCCAAAGUCUUCUGUCUGAAUAAAAAUUCCAGUUCCAGGGUAAAGAGACAUUUUUGGUAGCCUCUGGUUAUGAAACAGAGGUACGUGUUUAAAGAAAAAAAAAA